UAUUGUCAAAAUUAAAAAAGAAAUGUCAUCCGCCAUGUCGUUUUCGCGCGUAUUUUUGCUCGUCGCCAUUGCAACUUUGUACAUGGAAUCCUGUCAUUCUGCCACCAUACCGCGAAACUUUGACACGAGAAUAACUGAUGACGUCAUUAUGGCGCCGAAGAAGAGACCAUUCUGCAAUGCGUUUACUGGAUGUGGCCGUAAGCGUUCUCAAUACGCUCCCGGUAUGCCACAGGACAUCGUGCGUCAGAGACAGUUCGUAGAUGAUGAAACUCUAGGAUCGUUUGUUGAAUCGGAAAAUGCAGUCGAAGAACUAUCCCGUCAAAUCCUUUCUGAAGCUAAACUUUGGGAAGCAAUCCAAGAAGCGAGCGCUGAAGUAUUACGCAGAAAACAGAAAGAAUACAACCAAUAAAUGCCCGGGAAUUAUGAUCGAAUGUCACUUUGGAUAGGAUUUUGAGGUUAUGAAUUAUUGAAAUAAAAAUUAUAUUAAAUAGAUUUAUAAAUGUGAAC